UGUUAAGUUUGCCGCUACUCCGUCGCAUCUCAGUAACUGUUUACCAUAGACGAGUUAGAGCUUCCAAGUAGAAUGUUUGAGACAUGGUUCAAACCCACUGGGAGGAAAAGAGUUAACAACUACUUCUACCUCUGGUAUAUUGAGGUCAUAAAGCUUGCAUUAGAGGAAGACGAUCUCGCUAUGUUGAAUGCGUCUCAGUUUAGCCAAGUCAUGCAGAUGGGGAUCCAUACCUUCUCAGUUAUGUUUCUUCAUUAUAUUCUGACACGGCAGCUGGUUACUGAGAAGGAUUCCAUCUCUGGUGGCUCUUUGUAGGGAAACCAAUUUGUUAUAGUAGCAUCGUACGUGAGAGACUGCCAUCAUUUGUAUUGGCAGCUGCCAUGUCUCUGAGGUAGGUAAAUAUAAGUCUCUGGUAUGCUGGCGGAUGGGUUUAAUUCAUCAACACUGUUGUCGUCACUUGCUUUGGGUUUAUAUUUCCUUAAUUUUUGUUUAGUGUUUAUAACGUUUUAAAUGUUUUCUCACGUACUAUUUGUAAAACA